GACAGAAGAAGAGUUUUAUGGUUAUAAUUCAUAAAAAAUCGAAAACAAAAUAUCAACAUUUUAUAUCAGAUAAUGUUGAUUGGAAUGGGUUGUUUUUCAAUAAAUAAUGAACUCUGAUUAUGAAAAUUGUAGUAACAAAGGACCAUGGAAAGGGAACUGAGUUUGGAAGCAAAAUACCAAAAAUUAGCAACAGAAUACUCUAAAGUUCGUUCUCAAGCAACGGUAUUAAAAAAAGCUGUUCUAGAUGAGCAGAGCAAAAGUACUGAGCUUCAUGAAGUUCUCAAGAAACAUGAACAGACAGUUAGAAAAAGAGACCAAGAGAUUGAAAGCCUAACAUUCAGAAAUGAGCAGUUAACAAAACGUAUCAUAGUACUGCAACAAGACUUACAAUUAAGUAGUACCAAAAAGGGUAAAAAUAGUAAACCAGUUGAAGUUAUUUCCAAUACUGAUAUGGGCAUUCUCAAUGAGGAGUUGCAGAAGAAAAUAUUAGAGAAUGCUCAGUUUUUGAAUUCUAUUGCUGAUAAGGACUCUGAAAUAUUUGAGUUGAAAGAAAAAAUAGGGAGUCUUGAAGAAGUCCUGUCUUCAUGUCAGAAAGAGUCAUCUACUAAGGAAAAAUGUAAAAAUGAUGAGGUAGACAAGUACAAAAUGCAAAUACAGGAAUUAGAAAAAAAUAUAAAAGAUCUUUCAUUGAGCAGUAUCCAAAGAAAGAAGUCUGGUGAUGAAUCUGAAGAAAAUGUGAAACUGUGGAAGUCUGAAGCAGAAAGGUGGAAAAUGGAAUGUGAACUCCUCAAAUCAAAACCUGAUUCAAAUGACCAGCUCAACAGCUACUAUGAAUCUCAACUCAGUGAAAUUUUAGAGACAAAUGUUCUGCUGAAAUCAGAGACCCAAACAGUGUGGGCGGAAAAUUUAUCUCUUAAAUCUAGGUUUGAAAAUCUGACUGUAGAGCACAUACAGCUACAGAAUAACUUGAAAAAGAGUUAUGAAGAGUUAAAAACUACAAAUAACAACUAUAGAGGGCAGCUUGAUGCUAUGACUGAGCAUUUAGCUGCUCAGAAUGAAAAAAUAACUAAACAGUGUGAUGAAAUUCAAAUUUUGAAGCAUAGAUUAUCAGCAAAAAAAUGAGGGUCAAUAUCAAAUUUAUGUUGAUGGUUUUAUGCCUUGUAAUCUAUCAAUACCUAUCAUGUUUUAACUUUCAAUUAUUUAUAUUUUAUUGUUGAAAGAUAUUGAAUUUUCUGUUUUUAUUAAACUACUAUUCCAUUGAAACAUAUUUAUCUUCUAUUGUAUAUAAUUCAAAAAUACACAGACAUGAAUCAGU